AUGACGAAGCUGUCGACAGUGGUCGAUGGCGUCUGUCGGACUAGCACGUAUGGCAUGGGUCAGAUGACCGAAGGUUCAAUGUGGAGUGGUGGAGUUUUCGAAAAGAGUGUGAAAGAGAUGCAGACACCGCCGACAUAUGUGUAA